GGCUCAGCCAGUUAAUACCAAGUAGUACCUUGGAAAUCUCAAUCUCGUCUUCGUGGAACAGUUUCCAAGUUACAUCAUGGACAACAGGGUCUGCAAUGGCCUCUUUCCAGAUAAGAAGCUGAAGUUCUUCUGGGAGCAUCGAGAAGUUGCUGAACGUGUCACCUAUCGUCAACUUUCCGAAAGCUUCACACAUAUGUUCAAAGCGAUGUUCUGGGAAAGAAAAAUUGGGUUGCUUCCAGACGCAUUGUAUUUAUGUAUGGGAAAAGUCGUUGUUCUUUACAUGAUCAGCUUGCAGAACACAUAAUCAAUACAUAAGAACAGGCUUCAAUUUAUUGGCAGAUAUGGUCUAGCAGGUAUACAGGAUAGGACUCAAACUAGCCACUAAGCCGAUCGAAAUCAUCCAGACA